AUGAAGUCUCACGUCCUCCUCACCCUGAGCGCCAGCCUCACACAGGUUCUGGCUGCUCCCUACAUCGAGAGACCUACCCGUGAUCUCACCGGCCACGAGACCGUCACCACCACAGCCAGCGCUGAGUAUCGCGUCGAUGGCUUACCUGGUCUUCCCAAGCCCCAGACCAUGUUCUCGACUUCUUCGACUCACAGUCACCAUACUCACGGUACUCACCACGCUCACGGCACCGAGACUGGCGCUGUGAUUGUGCCUGUGCCUACUCCUGGCGGUUACGGCGGCAUCGGCAGCUUCACCGAACACGCGAUUGCUGAAUCUGACUCUGAGACUGAGAGCAUCGUGACUGAGGUCGAGACCGAGACCGUGGACAUCAAGACCGUCACUGUCGACGUCGCAGCCUCUGCUGAUGCCAGUCAUGCCACCAACACCAACUCGAUUGUUGCUGGUCCCAAGCACAAAACCGCCAUCACCGUCCACCCGGUUUUCGUCACCGCCAGCUCUGCCAAACAUACCAGCAACAGCAACGUCGCCCACCCCCGCAACGUCGAAGUCCAGCUGGCUGGCCCUGAGAAGCAAGAGUUCACAACCCUAACCUUCACCUUCGGCACCAUGGCCACUACUUACACCCUGGCCCUUCCCAACGGCGCCGACGCAACCGACACUCCUGCCCCUGUCAUCCGUCCCACACGUAGCUACCCGCUUGCUCCCCCUUCAGGUACCUGGACCGAGUGGAAUAGCAUGAUCACCAGCACCAUUCCCGCCGGCGUUAUUCAUCGUUCAGCUGCUACUUCUCCCUUUUUUACUCUCAGUGGCACCGCCAGCGACUACCAUAAGAUCCUGCCCAUCCCAGCGCCCAUCCCCAACCCCUUGGAGGAAGCUGCUCUAAGCAUGACCACACCCACCCCGACCCUGCCUCGUCCCAGGGAACAAGUCCUCACCACGAUCCUCAACGGUGGCGCUGGUGCUGUUGAGCGUCUCGAGGACUUCCAAGUCGGCAAAGAAGCCCAUUCCAUGGACGCUAACCACUCCGACGCCCCUGCCUCUCUCCCCGUCAGCAAGCACCAUAUGGACAAGAACGACGCUCCCAUUCAUGUUCGCGAUGAUGCCCCCGAGUCCCAUGACUUGUCGUGGUACUUCACAGCCAGCUACACCGAUGAUUCGGUCAGCUUGACUAUGCAGCCUUGUUAUUAUGAUUGGCAGUGUUGGCCGGAGCCGACUUCCAGCAACACGGAGGUUUUCUUGCCGGGUGUUGAUGGUGGUAACAAGGCAAAGGUGGCUGCUGCUACGAAGACUGCUACGCAGACUGCUUCUCAGACUCGGGGUGUUUGA